AUGAGGGAGUUCAUGAAGUAGCAUUCAAACUUUUAAUUAGGGCAAUAACUUCAUGCCUGUGCCACUCCACCGACUGCUCCAUUAACCUCCCUCUUUUGCACCAGACAUGUAAAAGGCUUUGACAUGAGAGUGCUUCCACACCAGUGCAAGGCCAUUUUUGCUGUUUAAUGGGAAUUGGAAGUUUUGAAGGCCCCCAGCACAAAACAUUGCGUAAAAAUAAUAUUGCUCAUUGUCAUCCCUGUUAACAAGAGUUGACAUAAUUACUAGGGCCAUUUCUUCUCUAAUUAGCACACUUCCAGGGACAUUGGCGCAAACGGUCCGGGAGAAAAGGGAAUCAGACAGGCAUGCUGAACGGCAAACAAAGAACGCUCUGGCGAGCAUAAUUAGGCGAGACAGUGGCCAGGACUGUUCUCGGCUGGAGAUGUCGUACAGGCUUCGGCUGCGGUUGGCGAGUGUUCGCUCCUGCUCCCACCAAUUCUUAGAGGUAUGCCUCUCCCCCAGUGCCUAAUAAGCCCAUAAUUGUCUUUCUGAUUCACAUGGAACGAGGAAACUGCAGUUAGACCCUGCAAAGCUACUGCUGUUGUCUGAUCCCACUCUGGAGGACCCAGAUUUGCCCCGCUUUUCUUUCUUUUUUUUACUGUCUAAACAAGCUUUUUUUUGUUGAAGGUUUAACCCUGUGGUGCUCUUCAGUCACUUUUGAUCAAACUGUUGAUAGUUAGAUUUCUUUUUAAGAUGACUUUAAUCAGAAUGGUACAAAACUUUUGUGCCAUUGGCUGUGAAACCUCAAAAAUUGGACAUGAUUGGAAAUGGCAAAAUAGUUGGGAAAAAAAAUAUGAAAAUACAGAGAAUCUGCAAAUCUGUCACAAUGCUGGGAAAUAAAUGGACAGCAAUGAACUUAUAAGCAAACAACAGUGAGUAAUAUUAAAAACAUGAACCUACUUAGGGUUAGGUUUAAGGUCGCAUGUAACUGACCCUUCGCCGGAGCUUGACUGACAGGUGAUCUGACCAAUCAUAAUGAAGAAUGCGGCAUUUUGUCAGACAAACAAAUUGCUCAGGGGAGUAAUAUUAGAUUAACUUCAGUGGACUUCAAUUUGACGUCUUUCCGUAGUUUAAAUAAAAUACCUUUUGAUGUUCAUUCAUUUUUAUUUCAUGCUUUAAAUAAAUAUGAAGACACGUGCCACUUGUAGUGAGGUGUGUAGGUGAUCUGUCAUGACACAAAGAGCCAUAAAAUGAUAUUUAUUGUUUAAAUUUCUCAAAAAUGUGAAAGCUAAAACUUUGUACUUGUAAUUAGAAUAAAUUACAUUUUGAAACAUUUGUAAUCAGACUACAGUUACUUGUUUAGUAAUUAUAUGAUUAAAUAUUAUUCACAAAAUAGCAAUAAAUUAGUCAUAAUUUAUUGAUUCUCUCUAAUUCCUCUUUUUUUAUCUUUUAAAUAGGACCCUACCGCUUGUAUACAUUCAGAACUCUUUCCAAUUUUGUGGCCAUUCACACAAAGCACAAUUUUAAAAUACACAUAUUCACAGUAUUUCUUAUUUACAGUUCAUGUACUGCAUGGAUUCCCAAAUGUUUUUGUCAUCUGAACAUCUUUCGCCUUAUAUAUUUACCCUGAGAUUUUAAAAUAAAUAUUUUAAUAAUUAUCACAUUUGCAAGUUCACGUUUCUCUGUUCAUUAAAGGUCACAUGACAUGCAGGUAAACAAAUUAAAUAUUUUAUUUCUUUAGUAAGUGUUUUUUUUUUUUUUUGAUUGAUGUUCUAAAAUGAUUUCAUUUUCAUUUUGUUUUUUAUUCAAACUCCAGUUUGUAAUCCAAAAAGUAUAGCUAAAAUGUGUAUUAUGGAUUACGCUACUAACUACAAUUUGUGUGCUCUUAGCUUCGUGUUGUAUUUUUCACCGCGUGAGAGCAUGACAUGGCUUGUCAGACCUGGCAACAGUCACUAAGGGGGCAGGUCUUUGCAAAGGGUCAAUUAUGCAUAUUUUACUGUAGAUGUAACGUCGAAACAAGGACACCAUUGAGUAACAAUAUUCUUUCUCUGUGUGCAGGUUUGGCUGUAAUAAUUGUAAGCUUGACUAUUCUCUAGCAGACAUUUUUAAACUUGUUCGUUUGGUAAACAGUUUCGCAUGCUAGCUGAAUGAGUGUACGUGUUCUCUGUUCUCUUGUUGAUCUAUUAGUAAUAGUCUAAUUCGCAGACUUCAUGAAGUUUGACAGAACUUUGCACUUGGUGGUUUUGUACAAUUGCGUCCGUUACACUUUGUUGCCCUCAUACAUUGUGACAGUAGUGAUGUGUUGUGAGUGGACCGGUCCGUAAACUGACAUCACGAAGCUGCGGUUCACAUAAUGGCACCCGCCAGUAGUCAUGGCCUGUCAUAGGUCCUGUCCAGACAUCCUCCUUAAGAUGAGGGUCAUUCCCCACCGAGGGUCUGUCUCCAGAAACACCAGCACAGCCAUAAACAACCCGUUGCUCUGACCUCGACGGGCCUUGCUGCCCUAACAAACGUCAAUCCAAUGUGCCCUCAGGCCUUUAAUUAGCUGUCAAUUAGUGCAAAUGAAUCAACUCCUCGCCUAAUUAAGCAAUGCCGGCAGGCAGCUUCCAAACACGCUAUUGUGGGAGCUGCAUGAGAAAACUGGAGCUAGCAAACUCUCUCUGCAUCAGGGGGUCACCGGGCUCUUAGUGGUUCAUGAGGAAGAGAACUCUAGUUUCCUUUUUUUUCCACCUACUCAGCACAAGGUGUUAGCCACUGUCCUCAGUAUCCGCUCGGAAAAUCCUUAGUCUCAGGAAAAGGAGAUUCCCAGUAGCCUUAGAAGUAACUUAAAAAAAAAAAAAAACUCAGGCAUUUCAGUUGAAUUAAAAACAAGUUUCUUAACUUUUGUUGAUAUUUGAGUUUGCUUUGUUAAAAGAACAUUUUGGGUUCAAUAGAAGUUAAGCUCAGUCAACAGCACUUGUGGCAAAAAAAUCUUUUUUUCUGCAAAAAGGUUACGCUGAGGCAAAAGAAGUGAAUGAGGCCAACAUUUGGAGGAUAUAAAAAUGGAAAUGUAAAGCCUAUAACUGUAUAAAAGCACCUGCAGUUAUUCUUUAGGCGUUUUUACUGUUGCUUUAGGAUUUAUGGCAUUGUGUUGCCAUCUAAUUACAUUUUAAACUGUGUUUUUUUUUAAUGUUAUUUAAUUACACGUUUUGUUAUUUUUAAAGAAGAGGAGGGAUGGCCUUGAUUGAGCUUAACUUGUAUCUAACCUGGAAUAUUUCUUUAAACCUAACUAUGUUUAUGAAAGGAAGUCUCUUAUGCUGAUCAAAAAUACAGUAGUAUGUUGUAAAAUGUUCUUACAGUUUAAAUAAAGUUUUCUAUGUUAAUAUAUUUCAAGAUGUAAUUUAUUCCUGUAUGUCAAAGCUGACUUUUCCGUCUCCAGUGUCACAAUCCUUCAGAUAUCCUUCUGUUAUGAUUUGGUGCUUAAGAAAAAAAAUUUUGGACGGUGAAAAUAGUUGUACUGCUUAACGUUUUCAUGGAAGCCGAUAUUUUUUUUUCAGGAUUCUUUGAUGAAUAGAGAGUUCAGAAGGACAGUGUUUAUUUGGAAUAUUUUUUUUUUUCAUGUAAAAAAUGAAUGAUUGUCAUAAAUGUCACAUUAACACAACUAAUGGUAAACAAUAUCCAGUAAAAUAUCAGAGGUUCUGGAUGAAGGGGAUCAUGAGUGGAGCUUUGGGGGUUUAGUUAGGACUCACUCCUUUAUGCUGCUCCAGACUGUGUGUGCUUGGUGUAAAAAAAAAAAACUUAAUGCAACAUUAAAAACAAUUCAUCAUUUCCAAUACAUUGCAAAUACAGAAUUAUGACCAGAAGAGCACAAGCAAUUCUUCAUUUAGAUUGCCUGGCAUGAGAAGAUCAAGCACCAGCAAUCUGUGUAGGGGCCGACUAAUGCAAUACAAUGUCCCUAUAAUACAGCGACAUCCCAAAGCUCAUUACCUCACAGUGACCUUCCAGCAGCAGAAGAAAGUUAUUCGUAAAGACAAAUAGCAGUCAAGCAUUUCAAUAUAAGAGAGGUCGUUAUCUGUAUUCAUCACAUCAUACUGUAAUUGUUACAAGUUUGGACAAACUCUCAUUUUUAGCAGCUAUGAACAAAUACACAAGGGUUGCGUCCCAUAUUUCUCGCAGAGGUCAAGGCAGAGGUGUUAUUUGCCAUCCGUCUGUUUGACUAACGCAAUCACUUUUUUAGUAUUUCAACUGCUCACUUUUUGUUUGUAUGGUGGAUUUCACUUAAAAUAAGUAGGCAGUAGGCCCACAAGAGACUGAAUAUUCAGGGAGGGUGCUGGGGGGACAAAUUUAGCAACAGCUGUUUGCCUUUUAAUCUGCCACCAUCAGAUCUUCCAGACUUUGAUAGGCCACCCAAUCUACACGAAUGACUGAACCAAAUCUUUAUUACUUAUUAGUUCGUCCUCUUAUGCAUGUAAAUCAGGAUGCAGUCAUUUUCAUAUGUAGAUGGAUUAUUAAAAGCCACGGAGGGAGAGUGGGUUUUUUUCCCCUUUCACAAUAAACAACAAAGCCCUGCACAGAUUACAGCAGAAGCGGUGGCUAGGAGAGAACAGGAAGCAGUUUGUAAUUGACAGGCUGCUUUGACAGAGCAAGUCUUGUGAAUAGAUGGGUUUAUCUAGACCGGGUGAUGUGUCAUUAGCAUAUCUUGAUAACAUUGAUUUCUUCAUUACCCUUAAUGAAAUUUCCACUUAAUGGCUUCUAAUUAGUUUCAACUGGUGCCUAUGUAAUUGCAGCGGUGAUAUUUUGCUCAGUGGUGCGGGGUUUAAUGUUUUGAGGCGAUGCGGCCGGAAACUCUUGCGUGAAGUUUUAUUCUCUCGCACUGCUUACGCAUUUGUUGUUGAAAUUUGCAGAUCAGUCGUUUGCUGUAUUCCUAUAUGUGGUUAAACUUUACUUUUGUGUUGCUGCCGGUUUUGAUGAUCAUCUCAUGUAAUUGCCAUGGAGCCAGGCCAACAAAGAAUUAGCAUGGAUAGGUAAUUGAAUAAUGUCCCAUAAGGCCACAAAUCUCUAGGUUUUCUGUAUUUUAAUCUGUUGAAACAGGAUCACAGUGCACCUUUAUUAGUAAAACUCAGCAUGAUAAAACCUCUCCAAGUGUUGGGUCUAGCUGUUAAUUAGCCAGAAAACCCUGCUGGUGUCAUAUGAAUCAGGACGUUUAUUUAUGAAUCAGCACAUGUUACUUUGAUAAGAUUGGUGUUAUCUCUGUCUUCAUCAGAGGCUGGCUGCUUAUUUCCAUAAAUUAUCUCUCAUCUGUCCAGAUGUCCAAAUUGUGCCACAAAUUAUCUGCAAAACGAAUCAAAAUCCCACUGUAAUUUAGUAAUAGCUGAUUAGACCUCAUGUAUUAAAGAAACGUGGAUGUAAUUAUAAUAAGCUAUAUUUUGCAGUCUGUUCAGAUAGGUACAACUAUGUUUUAUAUGCAACAGUUCUUCUGAAAGUGCAGAACAGCGAAAAAUAUAAUAAUGAACCAUGGACUUUCCCCCCUAUAAAUGACCUUUACCCUUUUAAAUUAAACACAUAAAAACUAAUUGUAUUAUUGUAAACCAAUAAAAUUAGACACCCACAUUUGGUGAUUGCCCUCUGCUUCCAUUUGACCAAGAUUUAAAUAUCAAUCUAAUAUUCAAAUUUAAGCACGCUUUACGCGUUAUAUUAAGCUGAUUUCCUAUAAUUUAUUGUAAGAAUUUUACAGUGAUAUGAUUGACAAAUGUUUUUCGUUUUCUGAUUUAUUUAGCAUAUUGUUUUUUCAUUUAUUUUAUUUCAUUUUUAUUUUAAUAAAAUUAAUUAGCUAAUUAAAAAGCUAAAACUCUUGAAAAUUAUUUUUUCUUCAAUAUUGUGCCUUUUUUCUUUUUAUUUGUCUUUUUCUUUUUUAUAUAAAAGGAUAAAACGGAAUGUCACUAAACGUUGUCAAAUCAUCGUCAUUUGUAAAUAUAUAUUUUCAGAACUUACUUUCAGACAUCAUGACCCAUUUAUAUUCAUUAUUUAAAGCCUUGCACUUAUGAUCGAAGCUUUUUAUUUAGAGCACAAAAAGAGUUUUAGCUUUUGCAAAAGAGAAAUAUAUAGGCUAGCGAUAAGAAUUAUACUAUAAAUCCUUACAGGUUCCCUAUCAAUCCUUCAACAUCCAACAGAAAUGAGCUAAGCAACCUAUUUCAGUGACAAACGUUCGGCCUUAUAUGAUUGAAUUAUUUAUUCGUUUUAUAAAACAGAUUACUUAUAAAAUGACUAAUUUGUCAGGUUUGCCCUUUUAUACAUUUCUUAAUUAUUGUUAUUUAUUUUAAUUGAUUUAUUUAUUUUGAUUUGGUGCAUCAGGCGAUGCUGCCUCACAAUAAUUUUUUCAGAUGUCCUUUUCUAUUUCAGACAUUUUCCUAAUUGUCUACAAAAAAAGCCACAUGGCAAUCUACAUCUUACCAUGAAUAUAUGCACGCUAAAAUAAAAUAAAAUAAUAAUAGAUUCCUAAAGUGGUUUAUAAUACACCUGUCACGUUGAAGCAAAAAAAAAAAAAAAAAAAAAAAAAACCAUUUUAGUAUCAACGAUUGUUGUUAGGCUACUAUUAUUACUUAAAUUGAGUAGCCUUACAUUUAAUUCGAAAUGUAAUUUCGAAGUGAUCUCAUUUUAUUUGCUGAUUUUGGAUAAAUGUCUGAUUAACACAUAAUUGUAAGCAAAAUGUGAUGUGAAUGAAAUGACGUGAUGCAUAAAAAAACAGCGAGAGCAGCAUCCUGUAUCCUCUGGAAUUCUAAAUCACUUACUCGCCGCUGAUUGGCUGUUGAGUUUUGACCCUUGUUGGGAUGGACCUGUUGGAUAAAAGGAGAAUUUCUAGAGGGAUCAUGCGUAUUGCGCCGUGCACAAGGGACCGACUCGUAUGUGAAGAAGGGAAUAGUCUCAGAGGCACCAUGACAGGAAAGGAUGGGGCUGUUUUGUCGGAAAGUUUGAACAAAUCAAAAUCGGUGUGUGCCGCUGAGAACAGGGGAAAUAACAAUCCACAUCUGUCAAAGAGCAGCACCACACAUCCGCCCAAAUGCACGGGCUUCGGCAUCCAGGAGAUCCUGGGACUCAAUAAAGAGCCGUCCUCGGCUCCUCGGAGCACACUGGACUCGUUCCCUGCCGGGGCGCACCUUCUAGCGAGCAGGUCGAUGCUCGGUCCAGCUGGAGUUGGUGUUGGGGUCGGGAUGGGAUUAAUUGGCCCUGGAGGUAUUCCAUCGUUCUACAGCCAGCCUGCGUUUCUCGAGGUGCUGUCAGACGCGCAGAACGUGCAUCUGCAGCCGCUCAACAGGACAGUGGCACCGCUGGAAACCAACCAGUCCGCCAGCUCAGAUUCAGAGGAUGUCUCUUCAAGCGAAAGGAGAGUAUCGAAAUCGUCACUGAUCCAGAGCAAGAAGAGAAAAAAGAGACGACACAGAACAAUCUUUACAUCUUACCAGCUGGAAGAACUGGAGAAGGCAUUUAACGAGGCUCAUUACCCGGAUGUGUACGCCAGAGAAAUGCUGGCCAUGAAAACCGAGCUGCCCGAGGACAGAAUACAGGUGUGGUUCCAAAAUCGGAGGGCCAAGUGGAGAAAGCGGGAGAAGUGUUGGGGUCGUAGCAGCGUGAUGGCUGAAUACGGGCUCUACGGUGCCAUGGUGCGUCACUCCAUCCCUCUUCCUGAGUCCAUACUGAAGUCUGCUAAAGAUGGCGUCAUGGACUCCUGUGCUCCCUGGCUGCUAGUUCAAGAUGGUUUUCCUACCACCAGCUGCUUUUCUAAACACCAAUACCCACCAUUCUUUGCAGGGAUGCACAAGAAGACCCUGGAGACCGUUGCAGUCCAAUCAAACGAGAAGGCAGAUGUCACUCAGAAACCGACCAAUCCCAAGCCGGAUGAAGCCGCCGAGGCUGAGGAAAGGAGGACAGAGUCACCCAUGUCCAAAGAGGAACUGAGGGAGAACAGUAUUGCUGUUCUCAGGGCAAAAGCACAGGAGCACAGUGCCAAAGUGCUGGGAACGGUUUCCUCUGAGAGACUAGAGCACAAAAUGGAGACGUCAGUGUCAGAGGAGAAGUCCAGCGAACAGUUAGACGCAAAAGAAGAAGAAAAGAGUUCUUAGAUUAUGCACUGUUAUUCAUCCCUUCAUAGCGCAAGAAACAUAGGCUUGGUGUGAAAAUAUCAUAUUCCUGCACUGAUCUCAUGACAGCACUGGACUUUUGAUAGAUUCUCAAUGUUCCUCUGCUUUUUAUUUCACAUUAGCAAGGUCAAACCCAUUUAGAAAUAUUCAGGAUUUUGAUAGCAGCAUCAGUCCAUCAUGCCAGUGAUUAAUAGCUUUUUUUUUCUUCUUCCUCUUUCAAAUAUAAGCCUACAAAGAUUCCAGCCAUAAAACUAAUAUGAAUAAGUAUAGGGCCCUUUAUCAUGUUGGCAGCCUCCUCAGUGCUGUUUGCAAAACUGCUCAAUUGAACAAAACCAUAGAAGUGUGGAUAUUUAUGAUAUAAUUUCAAUAUUAAGUAAUAUUGACAUCAGAAAAUGAUUGGUCAAGAGCUCCUCUUGCGCUUGAAAGAACAGAAUUGAAGUGCUUUUCAUUUUACUUUUGUACAGUGCCCCGUCUUCAAACUCUGUUGUUAAAACGUUGUAAUAGAAUGUAUUGCUGUAUAUAUUGUAAAUGAAAAUAGCCUGCUACAGUAUUGUUUGAACUAUACAUUAAUGUACUGUAUCUUAUGUGCUUUUUUCGUAACAUGUCAAAUGUAAUCAAAUUACAAAAAAAAGAUGAACAUUACAAACCUGUUUUUCAUCAAGUGUGUUUAAAUUCAAUCAUAAGUGAUGGAGAACAUAAAAUGCAUCAAUUUACGUAAGCAGAUUUUAUGUACAGCAUCGGAACUGUUUUAGGUAUAAUUUUAUAUCAUAUUGACAUAUAGAGCUGUUGCACUACAGGCGUCCCGAGUUCAAAUCCCGUCUCGAGGACCUUUCCCAAUCCCACCCCCCUCUCUCCCACUUCACUUCAAAUACAGUACACCAAAAAUAAAUCUUUACAAACAGUAAUUAAAAUCCAAACUUGCGUUCAAAUCUUUUGCAAUGCACUGAAAAAAACAUAAAAAUUGCUAAUAAAUUUUAGUAACAAUUACAAAGAAAUGGCAAAUAACAGUGAAGUCAACUAAAAUUCUAAAGCAAAAAAUAUGAAAAAGUAUUUUCUUGUAAAAAGUACUGUAAUAUUUGUUUUAUUUACAACGAACAAUUUGUGAAUGCUUUUUUAUUUUUUUUUAUAGUGUGUUUUCGGGCUAUGGAGCCUGAGUAACAAUCGUUUGUAUGUCACCAAAAGAGUUGUGUGUCACUGAGCGUAAUCCCACACAGUUGAGAGGCCUCAAUCUGGGCAGAUUAAACAGCAGGAGCCAUGCAUAACAGACAUAUGGGAGAGAGCAGGGAAACAGCCCUAGAUAAGGUGCUCUCACUGAGACUAUAGUUCUCCUGAAUUAAUACCAUUUAUCCUUCAUGCAUGCUGUCACAUAUACAAUCAUCUAUCUAUCUAUCUAUCUAUCUAUCUAUCUAUCUAUCUAUCUAUCUAUCUAUCUAUCUAUCUAUCUAUCUUUCUAUUUAUCUAUCUAUCUAUCUAUCUAUCUAUCUAUCUAUCUAUCUAUCUAUCUAUCUAUCUAUCUAUCUAUCUAUCUAUCUAUCUAUCUAUCUUUAUAUUUUAAAUGUAAAAGGCCCAGGAUUACAAUCAUUCUGUCUCAUAUUAGCAGUCUCGGAUGCCUUACAAUUGAAAAAUCCCCACAUAACAGGAUAGAGAAAAGCAUGGUAAUUAUCUAACAACUGUGCAUAAUUAAAUAUUAGCCAUUAAAAUGUCCAUGUUAAACCUAAUGAAUAAAAAUAUAUAGGUCUCCCUCUGACUAAUCUGUGAAUUGUGAAAUCAAUCAGGAUUGUGCUGAUUAGAAGCGUCCAAAGGGAUGUUGCACGCUCUCUCUCUACCUCAUCUGGGUUGUUGAUCCUUUCCAUGCCCUUAUUAUCAAGGCCUGUCAACAGAUUAUUGAUACACACUGUUAAUUCAAUCCUAAUUUAAUUUACUUAGUGGCUGCGUAAUUAAUUAGUCGACAUCUGGGGUGAUAAGGCUAGGCUUACGUGGCAACAGAAUAUACUGUAUCUCUAUCCUCUUUCACCCAGUGAUCCUGUCAGGCAUAUUAGCCUUUUACAUUUCCCUGUAUUGCUCUAGACAUGGUUUAAUAAACGAAAUGUUGUUUGAACCUCAAA